GGGCGAGGAACCCGAUCAUAAUAAUAAUAAAAAAACUUCCUCCGCUCCUCCGCUCGGGUCCGCUCCUCCCCGUCUCGUACUCACCGCGCGGCGCACCGCGCACGCCUGUGAUCCGUCCGCCGCGCCGGCUUCCACCGCCCGCCUCCGAUCUCCGAAGGGAGGGAAGGCGCACGGAGGAGGCAGGGGGAGAUGGCUGCGGAGGACGGGGCUAUGUCGCCUACCAGGAUGCUGGCGGAGGGGCAUCUGCGGGUGGCUACGGGCGGGGGCGCGCCGGCGGACGGCGGGAUCGCCGUCCGCCAUCUCCCACACCACCACGCCGCUAAGAAAGAAGGUGUUGGUGGGAAAAUUGAACAAGACAACCUUGGUGUUGCAGAUCCAUUACCAUCUCAAGAGUUUAGCAAACUAGUUAAUGGGAAUAAUAAGGUUCCUGGUACAUUAGAUGACUAUAGAAAGCUUGUAGUUCCAGUCAUUGAAGAGUAUUUUAGCACAGGAGAUGUGUCACUGGUAGCUUCCGAGCUAAAGAGUCUUGGAUCUGAUCAGUUUCACAAUUACUUUGUCAAGAAGCUCAUAUCCAUGGCAAUGGACCGCCAUGAUAAGGAAAAAGAGAUGGCGUCAAUUCUGUUGUCUGCCCUGUAUGCUGAUCUAUUGGGGUCCUCCAAGAUGAGUGAAGGUUUUAUGAUGCUUCUGGAGUCAGCAGAAGAUCUAUCUGUGGAUAUACCAGAUGCUGUUGAUGUCUUGGCUGUUUUCAUUGCACGUGCUGUUGUUGAUGAAAUAUUGCCUCCUGUUUUUCUCGCUCGAGCCAGGGCAUUGCUUCCAGAAUCCUCAAAAGGUAUUGAAGUUCUGCUAGUUGCUGAGAAGAGCUACUUGUCAGCUCCCCACCAUGCUGAGUUAGUUGAACGCAAGUGGGGUGGGAGCACUUACUUUUCUGUAGAGGAGGCGAAAAAGAGGAUCCAGGAUAUUCUGAGGGAGUAUGUUGAGAGUGGUGAUGCAAAUGAAGCCUUUAGGUGCAUAAGGGAGCUGGGCCUUCCAUUCUUCCAUCAUGAAGUAGUGAAACGUGCUCUCAUCCUUGGCAUGGAGAAUCUUUCGUCACAGCCAUUAAUCCUGAAGUUAUUGAAGGAAUCGGCAGCAGGUUGUUUGAUCACUUCUAAUCAAGUGUCGAAGGGUUUUGCUCGGGUAGCUGAGAGUGUUGAUGACCUGAGCCUUGAUAUUCCUUCUGCCAAAACUCUUUUUGACAAGCUGCUUUCAGCAGCCAUAUCCGAAGGAUGGCUUGAUGCUUCAUUCACUAAAUCUGCUGCCUCUGAUGAAGAUAUGGUGACUGCAAGUGGUGAAAAGGUCAAGCGUUUUAAAGUAGAAUCUGGCCACAUAAUUCAGGAGUAUUUUCUCUCAGAUGACAUACCGGAACUCAUUAGAAGCCUUCAAGAACUUUCUGCCCCAGAAUACAAUGCCAUUUUUCUCAAGAAGCUUAUAACGCUUGCCAUGGACAGAAAGAACAGGGAGAAGGAAAUGGCUUCUGUACUCCUUUCUUCACUCAGGUUGGAACUGUUCUCCACAGAUGACAUCAUGAAGGGAUUCAUAAUGCUCCUGCAGUCAGCAGAAGACACUGCCCUCGACAUUGUGGAUGCUCCCAGUGAACUUGCCCUGUUCCUGGCCAGGGCAGUGAUUGAUGAAGUCUUGAUCCCACUGAAUUUGGAUGACAUCAGCAUCAAGCUACGCCCAAACAGCUGUGGUAGUCAGACUGUCCAGAUGGCCAGCGCCCUGCUUGCAGCUCGCCAUUCUGGUGAGAGAAUUCUGCGCUGCUGGGGCGGCGGCACUGGCUGGGCAGUAGAAGACGCUAAGGACAAGAUCUCAAAGCUCCUUGAAGAAUACAAAACUGGUGGCGACUUGGGGGAAGCCUGCCAAUGCAUCCGUGACCUUGGAAUGCCGUUCUUCAACCAUGAAGUGGUGAAGAAAGCACUGGUCAUGGCAAUGGAGAAGCAGAAUGAAGCUAGCAUCUUGGCUCUGCUGCAGGAGUGCUUCAGUGAGGGGCUGAUAACCAUCAACCAGAUGACAAAUGGUUUUGGUCGUGUCAAGGAAGGCCUCGAUGAUCUGAUCCUCGACAUCCCGAACGCGCAGGAGAAGUUCGGCGCCUAUGUGGAGCUCGCAACAGGACGUGGCUGGCUGCUACCAUCCUUCGCCUCCCUGCCUUGAUCUUCCCCGCCCCCCAAAUGUAUCCCUGUAUAUCUACCGUACCAAUGCAGUCUUCACCGCUGUACCAAAAUUUUCCUGUUCCUAGUCGUUCUUAAGCCGAUCUGUUCAUCCAUCGUAUACCAGAGUUUCAUAGAAUUGCCGUGUUGGUAAACUUGUUGGGAUAAUGCUUAUUGGAUCUGGGAAACCAUUUCGUUUCAGGUUAUGAGAUAUCAUAAACAGCGUUUUGUAAUUAGCUGCCAAUGGCUUUGAGCUGAAGUGUCUGUCAUCUUA